GGGGGACACGCCGUUACAACCUGCACUGGGCUCUUCUCCAAUCUCCGAGAAACGCGAGCAACGGUUUGCAUGCUCCUUCAUAACCCCGCGCUCCGCACCCGACUGUUCUGCAUUCUUUAUACCCCACUCGCUGCUGGCAGCUCUAGUCGGCAUUGACGUGUCUUUGACUAGCUAUGUCACUCGACUCUCGACCGCUGUCCCCGGACUCCCGGCUCGCCAGCAGCCUGCACCGCGCUACCGCCACUAUCGACGACCUCACUCAUACAUUGAGCAGUGUAUCCCGUUUGUCUUCGCCUGAACCUGAGAACGCCAGCACAUGCUGCUGUGGGCGGGAGGACUGCGAGACUAGUCAGGCGUGGACGGCGUUCAAGGCUAAACUCGAGAGCCGGCUGAUUCUUAGCGCAGAGGUCGGGCGGGCGUUGCUAGAAAGGCACGAGGCGUUAGUACGCAGACACAAUUCUCUACCAGUUUCCGCCAGCGGCAGCAAUGAUACGAUAGGACCAGACUCCCCCGUAGACGUCCGAGUGGGAGAACUUGUCAAGCAGAAUGUGCUCUUGGAGAAGCGUCUCACCCAGGCUCUUGUACAUACCGAGGUAUGCGAGUCCUCCAAGAAGGGUCUUAUCCAAGAUCUCGACACAGCAAGGACCGACCUCGCCCGUCUCAGUGCACAGAACGCUCGUUCAGUUGGGCUGGAGAACCGGCUAGCAACCACUCUUCAAGAGAAGGACGACCUUCAGCAGGAGCUCGAUAGUGCCACUCAAAGAGCUAGGAUGGCGGAAGUUCGGCUUGUCUCGUACAGGGAGAAGUGUACGAAACUGCAGGCACAGGUCACUCGAUUGAGGGACGAGGCGGAUAAUCAAAGAACUCACAGACAUGAGUUCUCGGAAGAGAUUCUGACUGAUGCUCGACAACGCCUGGAACAACUCCAGUAUCACCAGCUGGGGCACUCCUCGUCAAUCCAGGACGCUGAGGUCACGAAGGUCCUCGAGUCGCUGGUAGCAGAUAAUGAGGCUCUGAAGCGUGAUAAUGCCGAGCUUCAGAAUCUGCUAUCCGCCACGAGAGAGGACUUCCACGAGCUUCAGGAAGAACUUGAGGAGCGUCGGGCUAGCGAUACCCCUUUCGCUCGCACACACCGAUACACUCAGAGCGGCAGUUCCUUCCGGUCCCGCGAGCCAACUACUCCCCUUUCUCCUACAUUCAACGUUGGAACAGCUCCGACGACUUCUGUGUUGCGUUCGAGACUCGGGGAUGAGAAGAUGGCUCCGCCCCGUUCACAAAGCACGGAACGCUCAGCGAGGAGGGCCUUUGAACCUAUGACGCCAGAGACCGAUCGACGACCGUGGUCUCCCGCAGACUCACACAUCGCUGCAGGGUCUAAGUGGACGUCAUUCGCGCACCCGAGGUCGAAUUAUCCCCCCUCUCACCUCAGCUCUGAGAUUGAAGAAAGCGAGGCCGGCCCUAUGUCACCGGAGCGUCCCCGCGCCCAGAAGUCGUUGUUCCUUCUAACGCGUUCCCGCGGCGUUCAAACGGAUCUCACUUGGCACGGCACUUCUGCCUCGUCUGCGCUGUCCCCUUCCCCUAUUCCCCGAAGUAUCGCUGAUUCUAUGUCGUCUCCACACGACGGCCAGUCCGAGUCUUCGUCGCUGACCGAUGGACAGUCUGCAAUCGGGGCACUCGUCGAGCGGACAACUCUCUUGCUCAACAGGAUCGCACAGGCUGAUGCUCUCACCCUCACCAACCGUCUGAAGCGGCAGCACCUUUCAGGUGCCGAUGUCAGCCAUCUCUCCCGCAGCACGGUCAACGCCAUCCUGGGUGAGGCUACCGCCCUCCGUGCUCAUUUCCGUCCGUUCCUCGAAGAUGAGAAGAUUACCACCACAUGCACUCGUCGCGACCUCCGAGGACUUCUGAAGGUGAUCAAGGACGUCUUCACCGAGCUCGGCGAACUUCGCGUGACGCUCAACGACGUCAUCCUCGACCCUACCAUCGCGGGGAAGGUCAGCGAGGCGGCAAUGAACCCAUCGAAGGCCAACGCCGCCGCCACGACUUCCCGCGACACCCCUGGCGGCGCUGCUGCACCUUCUUGGAUCACUCCCCUCUCCAAACUUCUCGGCAUGCAGAACAACGCGAGUAGUCCAGGGAGGAGUUCAACGUCUCGUGCGCUCUCUCCACCAGUGCGCAGCGGCACCAUCGGCCGAGGCCGCCCUCCUGCCCGCGUCGUCCCGAAACGUGAAGCGGCAUUAGCUGCUUCUGCGAUGACGGUGAACGUCGAGUUCAGCGGUACCGCAGUCGGCCGUGCGGUGACCAGCACGUACUCCGCGCAUCCAGGCCGGGAGGGCGACUUCAGCACGCUCGCCACCCCGAGCACCGCCGCGACCACGCCCGCUAUAGCUCAGCCGGAGCCUAGACGGGAUGUCUCCAGGAGCGUCAUGAACAUCUUCGCCGGAGCUCCGCGCCCCGCAGAAGGUGAUCCAUGGGUCGUCAUCCCGAGGACUCAGAAGGUCGUCAGCAGGAUGGCGAGCAUGGCGGCAAUGAACUCCGGCGGACCGACGAUAGGUCGCUCAGCCCUUCGACAUGCUGCCUCUGGCAAGCGGCUGUCGCGCAUCGUCGACGCUGUCAUCGACUCCCCGCAGCCCAACGGAGACCGUUCCGAACCGGAGGACGACAGCAACGAUGGGCCUCCACCCGCCUUGGGCCGAGCGCUUCGGCGAGGCCUCUCAGACUCGUCCAUCCGCACUACAUUCACGCAGCACGGGGAGGACGCGGAACAAGAUGCGGGCACUGCACCGGACUCUUCCCAGCGACCUGAUCGGGAGUCUGUUCUGCAAGCACUGUCUCGCAGGAUGCAGAGCUUCCGCUUCGCUUCCACUGCCACCCCGCCCGCGCUUCCCAGUGCGACCGCAAGGGGCUCUUCGUCCUCGCGACCGCAGACUCCGGUCUCGCGACACUCCGCCAAGGCGAACGAGGCGAACAGCAACAACACGCCCCGCUCGUCGCCUCCGCGGCCCAUACCCCAGGCAAGGAGCACUCUGCCAUUCGGACUAUCUACGUGGACCGCUGCGUACGAGGCUGAGGCGGAGACGGACCCUAGCAUGGGCGCGUCCUACUUCGGUGGAAGUCCGAGGGAGGAGGCAUUCGCUCAGCGGAGCUGGGCGCGUGAGCGCGACUUCUAGAGAUGGACUCGGGUGGCUGCAUGGAUGAAGAGACUGUUUGGAUUAUAGGAAGUUGACCACCGCAUUGUAUAUCGAGGUGUAAAUUAUCGCACUCCUUUGGGUAUCGUAGCUCACAGCCUAAUGCUAUACCACGUUCGCUCACCGUAUCCGAACC